AUGGACAUGGCUAUCUCUGCUCUAAAUACUACCUUUACAGAGCUUUCAGAAAACUUUGAGAACGAUUUAAUGAAAUCAUUAAACAAUAUUGAUGAACAAUGUGUAACUUCAUUCUCAAUUAGUGAUAAUGAUCAUAUAUCAACGGAUCUACAAUAUAUUAUUGAUUCACAUUCUGAUAUUUCAUCUAAUCAUGAAAUAUAUUCUACUAGGCCUAGUCUUAAUCCUAAUAACAUAUCUGAACAAUCCUUUUCUUAUCUAGUUGAAUCAGACAAUAGCAUUAGAAAGCAGAAUGAUAAUGCGAGAAUUAAAUAUGAAAAAUAA